AACAACAAAGCAUUUCAGUACAGCGGACGCUUUGAGCGAAGACCUGAAUGUGAUCUCUUCAUAAAACGGUCAGGAUCCCAGACUGACUGCGGAGGGCAGACUAUUGGGAAUCGAAUGAAGAAACACGUUUUGCUUCUUUUCACAUAUAGAGGAUUGGUUAGAAAAGGGAAAAAAAGUAAAAGAAGAAAAUGGCCAAUUUUAUAUUGCGGAAAGCUGAACCCCAGGACGUGCCUGACUUACUGCGACUCAUAAAGGAACUUGCGAAAUAUGAAGAUAUGGAAGAUCAGGUUGUGCUGACCGAGAAAGACCUGCUCGAGGACGGAUUUGGAGAUCACCCGUUCUACCACUGCGUCAUCGCGGAAGUGCCGAAGGACCAGCGGAGCACUGAGGGGCAUACUGUGAUUGGUUUUGCCAUGUACUACUUCACCUAUGACCCCUGGAUCGGAAAACUGCUGUACUUGGAGGACUUCUAUGUGAUGGAGGAGUACAGAGGAUUUGGAAUCGGGUCUGAAAUUCUGAAGAACCUAAGUCAGACGGCGGUGAAGACUCGGUGCAGCAGCAUGCACUUCAUUGUCGCCGAGUGGAACAAGAAAUCCAUCGAGUUCUACAAGCGACGCGGUGCAUCUGACCUAUCGCUCCAGGAGGGCUGGCGGCUCUUUAAGAUUGACAAGAAGUACCUGCUUAAGAUGUCCGUCGAAGAGUGAACCAAGCCAGUUUGGGGUCGCCCCCAAACUGAAGUGGGCAGGGGGGCACACGCAACUCGUAUCCUACAAUGCCGUGGGCUUUUAAACUGAUUCUUCUCAUUUAUGAAACUUGCAUAACCUAGUGAUUUUAUAACUUUUUUUAAAUCUUUUAGAUGCCAGUACAUUAAAAAAAAAAUAAAACUGCCGAGCAUUUUUAAAAUUCUUGUUGGAAAACAGACUUAUCAGUGUACAUUACAGAACUGCAAACAAUUGACAGUUCUGACAAUUAUUUAUAAUUCAUAAUAAAUAAUACAAAAUGUAGAAAAAUUAAGUAAAUAAUGUCAUUUAUGUAAUCCAAGUCCACAUCAGUCUGUAACAGGAACCAUGCCAGUCUUGUCCUCUACAAUACAUAUGUUACCCUAAA